AUGGGCGAUCUACCGUCACCGCGAGUGACGCCAUCGCCCACCUUUUCCCACUGCGGAAUAGAUUAUGCCGGCCCCUUACAAAUCAUACCGUAUGUCGGUCGCGGUCAGACCUCGCGGAAAUAUUACGUCUGCAUUUUCGUAUGUCUCGCAACUCGUGCGAUUCAUUUAGAGUAUGUCUCUGAUUACUCAUCGGAGGGCUUUCUUGCGGCCUUUCGAAGAUUCGUUAGUCGACGUGGACUUCCAUCCGAUGUCUAUAGCGACAAUGGUACGAAUUUUGUAGGGGCCGACCGUGAGUUGCGACUCGCAUUUAUAAAAACAUGUAAAGAUCGCGCCGUCCACGAUCACCUUGUCACUGACGGUGUACAGUGGCACUUUAUACCCGCGGCGUCUCCACAUUUCGGGGGACUCUGGGAGGCGGGAGUAAAGAGUUUUAAAUAUCAUUUAAAGCGCGUUAUCGGAGGUCAUACUCUGUCGCAGUUGGAAUUCGCGACUCUUUUGUGCCAAAUCGAAGCCUGCCUUAACUCCCGUCCUCUCGCCGCAUUGACAAGCGAUCCGGACUCCUUCGAGGCGCUCACACCGGGGCACUUCCUGAUAGGUCGCCCCCUUUUGAGUGCACCGGGAGAGUCUGUCUUAGAAAUUAAUGAGAAUCGUUUGUCAGAUGGCAAAGGGUGCAGGCCAUGCACGAACAAUUUUGGAAAGCAUGGUCUUCUGAUUACUUGCACACGCUUCAUCAGAGGCAGAAAUGGCGAACGGUAG